AUGAGCAAUGAAGUUGAUAAAGUUUGUGAACUUGUAAUAUUACAAAAAGUAAACUGCAAAGCUCGAGCAAUUACUACUUUCUUAAAUAAUUCUCAUUAUCUUAAAAAAUCUAGAAAUCAUGAAUACAGUUCUUCAGCUACUAGUGCUCAUAAUACACGAAAUAAACCUUCUAAAAUAAUUCAACAUAAUAUUGCUGCUACUCCAACAAGUCUUUUGCUCUAUAUAUCCACAAAAGAGGCUCUCAGAAUAAGAAUUAAGUGUAUUAGAAAGAAUACAAUACUGUCAAAACCCAAGAUACUUGAAGAAAUUGAAAUUUCAAUUAUAUUAUGUUAUACCUUAAGUGCACCUUAUUGGGUUAUGGAUGAUACCUUCAAGACUGUAUCUAGUCUUUUUUUGGCAACUUUAUACUAUCCAUAUACCCCUUUAAAUGACUUUGCUAAAGAUAAUGAUAUUCAACUUAAUUCAUCAACAAUUAUUACCGAUUUUGAACUAGCAGCACGCAAUUUACAAAACUGUUAUGCUAUAAUGACAAAACCCCAAAUUUCAUACUACACUAUGCUUCCAAACACCACUAUAGCACCACAAGAUCAUAUUGACAACAAUAUAACCUCAUUAAUUCAUGUGUCCUCUAGUUCAUAUACCGAC